GAGAAGUGCAGCAAGAGCGCUGGAAAAAGUGAGGUUGACUUUCUUUCUGAGUUGCCACUUGUGCGUGAGCACGUAUUUGUACUUGGUUCCUUCCCAACCAGCGCUAGCCAGCCAGCUAGCUAGCUAGCAGCUCCGAUGAGCUCGCACGCCAGCGGCCCGUCCAUGGCGCCUCUGCGGGUGUUGUGCUUGCACGGCUACCGGCAGAACGGCGCCUCGUUCCGGGAGAAGACCGGUGCCCUGAGGAAGCUUCUCAAGAAAAACGUCGACUUUGUGUACGUGGACGCGCCGCAUUUGCUCGAACAAGCCCAGGAGAGCGCCGGCGCCCGGGACGGCGGCGAGGACCCGGACCGUCGAGGCUGGUGGUUCUCGGACCCCGGCGCCCGGACCUUCAGCGCGCAUCUGCGCUGCGACGAGAGCUCGGGCCUGGACGAGAGCGUGGCGGCCGUGCGGCAGGCGGUGCGGCGCCACGGCCCGUUCGACGGCGUCCUGGGCUUCAGCCAGGGCGCCGCCCUGGCGGCCGUGUUGUGCGCGCUGCAGGAAUCCCAGCGCGAGCCGGACUUCGCCUUCCGCUUCGCCAUCUUGGUCGCCGGCUUCCGCAGCGCGUGCGCUCAGCACCUCAGCUUCUACUCGGCGCCGCUGGGGACGGCGUCCCUGCACGUCUUCGGCCUGGAGGACGCCGUGAUUCCCGCCGACAUGAGCCGCGAUCUCCUCCCGCUCUUCCGAGACCCGCACGUGCUCACGCAUCCCGGCGGCCAUUUUGUGCCGGCCGCUUCCGCCCACAGACAAAACUACCAGAACUUUCUGGAGCGCUUCCGGUGACGGAAGGCCGAGACGCAGCGCUCCGCCGUGCCAGUGAAAGCACACGACACGCAAGAAAUGGUUUCGUGUCUCAGCCUCAGUUCAAGUUGUGCUGUAAUGAAAACAAGAAUCAAGAAAAUUGGUUGUAAGUCCCGAAGCGAAUUUUCAGAAUGCUAGUAAACAUUUGAAGUAUAUAUAUCAGUAAGAAACGUGUGACAACUUGAAACAACUCUCAUUAGUUUUGACUUUGAAGUCUACACAUCCCUAAUGAGUGUCUGUUAACAUCAAAAAGAAGAAUACAUUGCAAGUCUCAACAUGAAGAAUAUCAAUAACAUUGAAGCCAAGACGGCUUCCGUCAUGCAAAGGCUUUCUUUCGGGAGCCAAAACGGCUGCCCCGCUGGAACCUUGUCCCCUUUUUUGCGACGAGUCACUUCGGCCACGCGGCGGGGGCGUUUCCCCGUGCUUGUCGUCUGCAGAUGAUUUUGUGCUUUUGUCUUUUUGUAAACCGAACCUUUUUGGAGACUGCUGCCGGCCUCCCUCCCCGGCCGGCGCUUUGCGUGCAACAACACGCGUGUGCGCGUGUCUUCAAGGGCCACGUUAGAUUUAUAAAAUGGACGGAUGGGAGAAGAGGUUAAAAAACAAAGGUUAAUAAAUGACACCAAUUA